GGUUGGUAGGAGCGGCUUGCUCCGCGCGAGCCUCCCUUUACGCACAGCCGGAGACUCGCAUUGUAUCCUAUCGGGCCAAAAGGGGAUGAUGUCACCUGCGGGCUGGUAAGGCGAGGGGAGGCAGGCGCUGCUGCCGUUGCUGGUGGCGGCGGCAGGAGGAGGAGGAGGAGGAAGCGAGACCGAGCCUGGUUCCCGGGCUCCUUUUGUAAGCAGCCGGGGACAGAAGGAUCAGAAGCAGCCGGAGCGGGCUUCGCCUCCUCCGGGAUGGAGCGAGCGCCAGGGUUUAGUGUCUAGGAAGGCGAACCAGGAGAACUCCAGCCAUGGCCCCACGGAAAAGGAGCGGGCGAGGGAUCUCGUUUAUCUUCUGCUGCUUCCGGAGUAAUGACCACCCGGAGAUCACGUACCGGCUGCGGAAUGACAGCGCCUUUGCCCUGCAGACGAUGGAGCCCGCCCUGCCCAUGCCUCCGGUGGAAGAGCUGGACGUUAUGUUCAGCGAGCUUGUGGAUGAACUCGACCUUUCGGAUAAGCACAGAGAAGCCAUGUUUGCUCUUCCAGCAGAAAAGAAAUGGCAGAUCUACUGCAGCAAGAAAAAGGACCAAGAAGAAAAUAAAGGAGCCACGAGCUGGCCAGAGUUCUACAUUGAUCAGCUUAACUCCAUGGCUGCUAGAAAAUCGCUGAUUGCUUUGGAAAAAGAAGAUGAAGAAGAGCGCAGCAAAACCAUAGAGAGUUUGAAGACGGCGCUGAGGACCAAACCAAUGAGGUUUGUCACCCGGUUUAUCGACCUGGAUGGCUUGACGUGCAUUCUGAACUUCCUGAAGAGCAUGGACUACGAGACCUCUGAGUCCCGGAUACAUACCUCUCUCAUCGGGUGCAUCAAAGCUCUGAUGAACAACUCUCUGGGGAGAGCUCACGUCCUGGCCCAUUUGGAGAGCAUUAAUGUGAUAGCGCAGAGCCUAAGCACGGAAAACAUUAAGACCAAGGUGGCCGUGCUGGAAAUCAUGGGAGCUGUGUGCCUGGUUCCCGGGGGUCACAAGAAGGUGCUGGAAGCCAUGGUGCACUACCAGAAAUACGCCAGCGAAAGAACUCGCUUUCAGACACUAAUAAAUGACCUGGACCGAAGCACAGGCCGAUACCGGGACGAAGUGAGCCUCAAGACGGCUAUUAUGUCCUUCAUCAACGCAGUUCUAAGCCAAGGGGCUGGAGUGGAAAGUCUGGACUUCAGACUCCACCUCCGAUAUGAAUUCCUCAUGCUUGGGAUUCAGCCUGUGAUUGACAAAUUAAGAGAACACGAAAACUCCACGUUAGAUAGGCAUUUAGACUUUUUUGAAAUGCUCAGAAAUGAAGAUGAAUUGGAGUUUGCCAAAAGAUUUGAACUGGUCCAUAUAGAUACGAAAAGUGCAACCCAGAUGUUUGAGCUUACGAGGAAGCGGCUGACCCAUACAGAAGCGUACCCACACUUCAUGUCUAUCCUCCAUCACUGUCUCCAAAUGCCUUAUAAGAGAAAUGGCAACACGGUCCAUUAUUGGUUGCUGCUUGACCGCAUCAUACAACAAAUAGUUAUUCAGAACGACAAAGGGCAGGACCCAGACUCAACACCCCUGGAGAACUUUAAUAUUAAGAACGUUGUUCGAAUGCUGGUUAAUGAAAAUGAAGUGAAGCAAUGGAAAGAACAAGCGGAAAAGAUGAGAAAAGAACAUCACGAGCUCCAGCAGAAGCUGGAAAAGAAAGAGCGGGAAUGUGACGUCAAGACCCAGGAGAAGGAGGAGAUGAUGCAGACCUUGAAUAAGAUGAAGGAGAAGCUGGAAAAAGAACUGUCGGAGCAUAAACAAGUCAAGCAGCAAGUGGCAGACCUCACGGCACAGAUCCACGAACUGAGCAGGAGAGCAAUAUGCGCUCCUGUCCCAGGGGGGCCCCCUCUGCCUCCGGGUGCUCCUGGGGGGCCCUUACCAACAGCUUCCAUAGGUUCUCUUCUCCCGGUCCCUCCGCCACCACCACCUCCUGGCGGGGUCCUCCCACCACCGCCUCCGCCGCCACCGCCUCCCGGUGGACCGCCUCCUCCACCAGGGCCGCCUCCGCUUGGCGGCCUCACCCCAGCUCCGGGAGCACCCUUGGGAUCAGCGCUCAAGAGGAAAAACAUCCCGCAGCCCACAAACGCUCUCAAGUCCUUCAACUGGUCCAAGCUGCCUGAGAACAAGCUGGAAGGCACCGUAUGGGCCGGCAUUGAUGACGCAAAGGUGUUCAAGGUGCUGGAUCUCGAAGACCUUGAGAGGACAUUCUCCGCUUACCAAAGGCAGCAGGACUUCUUUGUGAACAAUAACUCCAGACAGAAAGAAGACUCUUUGGACGACACCCUCAGUUCGCGGCAUAAAGUCAAGGAGCUUUCGGUUAUAGACGGGCGGAGGGCUCAGAACUGCAAUAUUCUCCUCUCCAGGCUAAAAUUGUCCAACGACGAAAUCAAACGUGCCAUCUUAUCAAUGGAUGAACAAGAGGACCUGCCAAAAGAUAUGCUAGAACAGCUUCUAAAAUUCGUUCCGGAGAAAGCUGACAUCGACCUGCUGGAGGAACACAAGCACGAAUUGGACCGAAUGGCGAAGGCAGACAGGUUCCUCUUCGAAAUGAGCAGGAUAAACCAUUACCAGCAAAGGCUGCAGUCCUUGUAUUUUAAAAAGAAGUUUGCUGAGCGAGUUGCUGAAGUUAAGCCUAAAGUGGAAGCAAUCCGCACUGCUUCAACAGAGACGUUCCAGAGCAAAAGCCUAAAGCAGCUGCUGGAGGUAGUUUUGGCCUUUGGGAACUACAUGAACAAAGGCCAACGGGGAAAUGCGUACGGGUUCAAAAUCGCCAGCCUCAACAAGAUUGCGGACACCAAAUCCAGCAUUGACAAGAACAUUACCCUGCUGCAUUAUCUCAUCACCAUCGUAGAAAAGAAGUACCCCAAAGUCCUCAACCUGCACGAAGAACUGAAGGAUGUCCCCCAGGCUGCCAAAGUGAACAUGACUGAGCUGGAGAAGGAAAUUGGCACCUUGCGAAGUGGGCUGAGGGCUGUGGAGACAGAACUGGCGUACCAGAAAUCUCAGCCUCCCCACCCAGAAGACAAGUUCGUUUCCGUCGUCAGCCAGUUCAUCACGCUGGCCAGCUUUAGCUUCUCCGAUGUGGAAGAUCUCCUGGCAGAGGCCAAAGAACUGUUUGCCAAGGCAGUGAAGCAUUUUGGGGAAGACCCUGGCAAAACGCAACCGGACGAGUUCUUCGGGAUCUUCGACCAGUUCCUGCAGGCUGUGACCGAAGCCAAACAGGAGAAUGAGAACAUGAGGAAGAGGAAGGAGGAAGAGGAGCGACGGGCGCGCAUGGAAGCCCAGCUCAAAGAGCAGCGAGAGAGGGAGCGCAAGGCGAGGAAGGCAAAAGAAAACAGCGAGGAGGGCGGGGAGUUCGACGACCUCGUCUCGGCCUUGCGGUCCGGCGAAGUCUUUGACAAAGACCUGUCCAAACUCAAGCGCAACCGCAAGCGCAUCACCAACCAGCUGGCGGAUGGCAGCCGCGAGAGGCCGGUCACGAAACUCAACUUCUGAGCGCGCGUGUAUAUAUAUAUACAUAUAUCUAUAUAUGUAUAUAUAUAUAUUUCAGAAGAAAACUCUAAACCAACCAACAGUCGUCUUGGAGGACACCAGGUCUUUUUACCUUCUGCCUUGCCAGCCCAUCAGUGGCCCUCCCUCCCUCAUCUCGUCCUGCCUGUGCAUGAAUGUUUUCAGUGGGAGCAUGAGUGCAGGUGCGCUGCGCCCAGAGUCUGGUGGUGCGGCUGGGAUUCGGAACUGUGUGCAUGCGCGAGCGCGGGCGUCAACAUGCACAGGCACCGCUGCCUGCAUGAGUUCUCCCUUUUCCAUCAGUUGCGGGAGGCGUGGGGGGGGCAAGUGUCGCCGCAAAAAGUAGCUUUCAUGCUGUCUAAGCACAAGUGUCGGUGAUCGAGAGAGAAAGAGAGGGGGAGGCGAAAACAUCCCCCCCAAUACCAAGGAAAUGAGAGAGGCUGGUGGGCGAUAGCACUUGGGUCCGUUCUGGGGGGGUCCUUUUAUUUUGGGGUGGGGGGAAACAGCUUGGAGUUAAGAGGGGGAAAGAAGUGCUGCUAUUGUGCUACGUUAGCGCAAGGGCGUUUUGACAUGGACAGCCCAGCCUCGGAAACCUGUUGCCAUUGAGGCUACAGGUGGCGGGAGACGUCCGUUAGAAACCGCUCUUGUUCAGUCUGAACGUAGCAUUGUUGGGGGAAAGCCGAGAUUAUUAUUUUUUGUUUCUGUUUUCACUCAGAACUUGAACAUCCCUUGUGGCCGUUGUGCCAGCUCCUUUGUGUUCCGUAACCCCCAUUUUUGGGGGGGACACGGGGAGUCAUGCUUCUGUUCCUUUCGAACAAGACGCACCUCUCUCUUUGGGAGCCUUCAGGGAACCAGCUGAAGGCGAUCCAAAGGAUUUUCUCAUUGCUGUAACGACACCGAUGUAGAAUUCACUCUUGUGUGGGGGGGUUUUUUUUGCCUGAGACCAGAUGGUGGGGUGGGGGUGGGGAUUUGGGGGAGGGGGCUGGGUCUCUUCUUAACUUUUCGUUUUAACGGAAGAAAGCGUCUGUGUAUUCAUUAUCGUCCGUUUCCCAUUCCCCGUCCCGACAGGACAAACUGUAUUCUCUGUAAACGUCGCUCAGAAUUGGCUCUGUUCAGGCCAGUUUCGCUGUAAUGUACCCGGCCAAUGCAGGAUAACUCCAGGAGCGCCUUGGCGUAAUGUGCAAACUUUGGCCCCGAUCCAGAAGAGCCUUUCCCGUGCAUGGCAAGGGUUGGCUAAUGAACUCUCGAGUAUUCAUAGUUGGGCUUUCCAUUAUGCAGCCUGCCCCCCUUCUGCUUUCCCCAUCACACAGACAGCCCUCUUAAGGCUGCCUCUGUUUACAGAUCUGUGCCAGAAUGAUGAGCAUGGAUCUUGGAAGGGCAACCAUGCUUGCCGGGGGCAUUGCCCCAGGGUUUCCCUUUCCCUCGAAAGAGGUUAGUAGGGAGUUUCUGCAAAGAAGGGGUCUGGGAGAUGUUAGGGACCUAAUGUAUAGCGCAAGGGUAGCAGGAAAAAGGCCGCGAAAAUUCUUGUUUCUUGCAAACGGGCUUUGCUGUUCAUAAUGUUUUCCUCUUUGCAGAUUUGUAAGAAAUUUGUCAAGUUGUCAAUCCGAAAUCUCCUUAAACCCAGAUUGCUCAGGGAGUAAUUAAUAAUUUAAAAACGAAACAGUAAUACAAAAUAUAAAAAAUAAUAAUGGAAAAGUUAAAAAAAAAAAGCCAAUCUUAUAGCGUGGCUUAAUAUCCUUAAAUUAUAGAGAAUAUAGAGGACUGUUACUUUCUUUCUUUUUUGCUUUUAUUUAUUUGCGGGUUUUUCUCUUAAGUGAUUUUUAUACCAUCCACAUCGUGAUCCAAAACCGAACGGGGAUUUUUGUGUGUUGUUGAUGUUGCCGUUGUUGUUGCUGUUUUUUCUUCUUUCCUGUGGAGGUUGUUUUGAGUUGUGUUUUUUUUCUGUUGCACUAGAUAGCUGAUGCUGUUUGAGAUAGGUUUUUAAUUGAUUUGUUUUGCUUUGCUAUUGUAAAGGAUGUUAACUGGAGGGGGGCCGGGGGGCUGUUCUCUGCCCCCGCCCCUUCCCCCAGUUGUGUACUGUACAGCAAAUGUGCGGAUUUAUAUAGAAACGAGUUUGUACAAAAUGCAGUUCCUGUUGCGCGGAAUCCCCAAAUCCCGAUGCAACACGAAAGCUGUGAAGAUCACACCAGCGAGAGCUGUGAAAGAGCUCUCUGUGUGUGCGUGUGAGUAUAAGGGUGAUCCCUUGACUCUUCCCCCCUUGUUCUUACGAUUUAGUUUUUCUUCAUCGCAACUUUUUCGAAGGACCCACGUGUACUGAUGGCUCUUCAAGUAGCUUGUCAACGGUAAGAAUGCAAACGUCCGAUACUCUGGAGUUCUGCAGAGUGCGAGGCGUGCGAAGGCAGCACUUUGCUCGAAAAGUAAAAUAAAAACCAAGUUGUUCAUUACUGUUACUUAAACUAAAGUGCCUCUAUUUUAUAUAUAUUUUUAUUUGUAGCUGGGAGAAAAUUUGGUCGGAUAUGGUAUUGUUAGGGAGUUGACUUUCAAAAUGGAGGGUGGGAGAGAGUUCAGACUGGUCAAAAGGUUGCGUUAAAAUGAUUUGAGAUGGGGGAGGGAGGAGAGAAAAACAAUGCAGCGUGCUAUAGAAUAGGAAUGCGCAGAAAGGGUGCCGUCGCUCACAAGGUUCAGUCUGGUCAGGGGAUCUGCCCUGCAUCUUAACAGAUUUAGAGGGGCAUCUAAAAAUUCAUCAGGUUCUUGAUCUGCAGGAUAAGUCCUGGGGAAAGGAAGGUGCCUUUUUUUCAGUGGCGUAGCGUGGGUUGCCAGUGCCCGGGGCCACACGGAGGGGUGGGAGGGCAGGAAAAGGAUGGAGUGCGCUUGCGCAUUCAACUGCGCAAUGGCAUCCGCGUCACCCAGCCACAGAAAAGAAGAUUUGUUCCAUUAUCUGGAGAGGUCACUUCCUGGUUUGCAUGAAGAAGCCGAGCCCUGUGACAAAAGCACACAGUUGUAUUGAGGCAGCACCGGGUGUUGAAAUUUUGCGCCUGGAGCAACCACCCCUGUGGGGGCUCCCCACGCUAUGCCACUGCUUUUUUUUAACCUCUAGGACAAUGGGAUAUUUCAUUGGAGGAAGCAGGUUGUGUGGAACACCUUUGACCAACAACCAUGUGUCCCAGCACAGACCACCAUGAUGGACUUGAGACAUCCUGCAGUAGUUUGUUGCAUUCUGAGAAUCAAGACCCCCAAUCUACUAUUUCUGAUUCUCCCAGUGGGCUCAUCCAUAAGUGCGUCAAACGCUGGAAAACCCAGCAUUCCCCACUUCUGCCACGGGGGAGGGGGCGCUUUGUGCAGUCUGCAACUGUGCCCCCCGCCUACAUACUGCAAAACGGCUUCCUGUAGCUGAACCUCAAACUUCUGAUUGGAAUAAGAAUUGCCUCGUGCUAGCUUUCUUUGGGAGGGAGUUCAGUUGGGUCCGGCUCAAUCGAAAGGAAAGUGCAAGGAAGCAAUUUUGCCAAGUGCCUCCACCAUUACACAAGCCGUGUCGCCGUCCCACUGGAAGCGAGGUCAUUGGGGAUGUGGCUGCAGGAAUGGGGCAUGCAAAGUGACUGUUGUGUCCCGAGCCUGUUCAGUCCAGCUGAGGACAAAGUCAGCGCCCUAAAGGAAGCUGUGUCAAUCUUGGCAUUGGUUUUGAAAGCUCGCCCAUCGUGGUUGCAGCUGCUAGCACCACGUUCCCAUUUAGGCUCAGAGUAGACCUGGGCUCGGUAGUCGAAUCCACCACGAUGACCUGUUGCAAAGUUGGGACUGUGAAGUCCUCUGGCGUUUAUUGCAUUAAAAACCACCCUUUCAGCCGGAUCUUGACGGACUCUUGUCUGCGCUGUACAAAACAUUGAAAGGUGAGUUUGUGUCUGUUACGCAGCCUGGGUUGCUGGAUCUUCCGGGAUUUCCAGGGAUCCACGCUGAGCUGAUUGCAGAUCGGGGGAAGCAAGGGCACCGGUGGGAAAUAUUUCCUUGUGCUUCCAAAACCAUUCUUGCUUUGCAACAAGCUUUGCUUGUUGGGCUACACUUGCCAUUUCUUCUCGAGUUCUCAUUUCCUAAACCAUCUGCGUGCGGAUGAAAAUUCCAUGUGCCAUUUGUUGCAAACUUACAUGUAGACUGGUGCUGGUGGACGUAGCCACUCUUGUGUUCUUGUUUUUCGUUUUAUUUCCUCUCUGUGUCUCUCUCCUGGGUGUGUCAUUCUAAAGAUUUUUUUUCUUUCCAAUUCAUGCCAAAAAAAGAAAAGAGACAAAAAAGUGAUAGUUUGUAAACUGAAGUAUACUAAUGUAGCUUAGUGGUAGCAAACCGUUUAGUGAUUCCUAGGUGCAAGGAUGUUUUUUAGCUAGCAGGAAAUGCUGUGUAUGUUAUGAGACUGUACAUUUUUCUUAAAAAACAGAAGAAGACGGCAAUAUGCAAUAAAGACUGUACAUAACAAUA